AUGGAUGUCGCAGAGGAUUCACCCGAGAGUGAGCCACAAGAUCGAGAAAUGGGCGAAGAAGACGAGGAGGAAGAGGAGGAAGAGCAGAUGGAAGAGGAGGAGGAAGAUCAAGAGGAAGACGAAGAGGAAGAACAGCCGCAGAGAAAGAAGCAGAAAUCACGAGCUCACUCUACUCGUUACGUGAGGCCGGAAACCAGAGUGAUGAACGCACUUUUCGUAGCCUUCAGAAAGAUGCGGCCAGAAGAUCUAUACCGUAUCUCUCAAGAAGUGGACAUCACGAUGAAGGGCCGCGGCAUGAAACGUACGCCCCGUCGACUUCCCACUGCCGUAAUCGAUGCGAGGUACACCGAGAAUCUGAUCGAGCAGUGGGAGGAAGCAGAAGACUAUAUGGUGAGAAUUGAGAACAACUUUACCAAGUUGAAGAGAUCUCAAGAUGCUAGGAUGGAGGGCUUGAAGUUGUUGAAGGAGGGGUUGAAGGAGAUUCGAGAGAAGGGAACGAAGGUUGAGCCUGACGACUAG